AUGUCGGAAAGUGAAGAAUCGGAAAUAUGUAGCGUAGGUGUACAUAGUGCUGGCGUUUCUGUAUCACGUGACACCGGUACCAAAGUCGAUCUCAUCCUCAGAAUCGGUGGCUUACGGAAGCGACGCAAUUUUUUUGCAUCACUUAUAAGCGCCUUCAAGAAACCAUCUGAUCCUUCGAAAAUGUGUGCAAAUGCUACCUUUACUAUGUUUAAUUUAACACCUUCUUCAUUACAAUUUUCCAUUGAUGUACAAACUGAGCGGCGAGGAAGACGUAAAAAAGGCAAUACAAACCGUGUAGAUACUUAUACAUGCUUCAUUCGGAAAUUUCCAAGCAAUGUGAAUCCUGAUUCAGCAGAGUUUGAGGUAAUGGAACCGACGAGUGGAAGCUGCUUUAUUUUGCUGAGUCUAAUGAAAAUUGACAAUUUGGCGAUAAACUGGAAAGAAUUUCAAGACACGAACGGGACUAUAGACUUGUCUUCUGUUUAA